AUGAAGGGUAUUGCACUCUUUUUGCUGGCACUAUGCUGCUGUCUGUCUGGGACACAGGGUCAGGGAGACCACGAGGACCAGAAAGCAUGCUGCCCAUCUGACACUGGUUCUCUGAUGAAAGAACUGAUAUCUAUAGGAGAGAAACUAGGAGCCAUGGGGGAGAAACUGGGAACUAUGGGGGAUAACCUGAGACUCAUGGAGACCCGGUUACAAACCAGUGAGAAUGAAGUGGAGGAGCUGAAGAGACUAACUGGAGGUAAUAUAGCCCUUUUCACAUUUGUCACCAACCUCCUAUCCACCCAUUGCUUCUCUGUCUAUUAUAGGGAUUAUCCUAUAUUUAACUUUCUAACAGCUUCUGAUCUUUGAAUACAUUAUUACAACUGAUAUGAUAUACAGUUCAAUAUAGAUCAUCUUAUCCAUCCUGUAUCUCUCUCAGGCCGGCCUCAGGUGGCCUUCUCCGCAACUCUCCGGGAGACAGGCAAUAGGAACACUGGACCUUUCACCACUCCCAUUCCCCUGCAGUACAAGAAGGUCUUCUCAAACACUGGCAGCUCCUACAACCCUGCCACAGGUACUAGAUAUUCUGUGUGUGUGUUGCAUCAUGUUGUGUGGUGUUGUGAAACUAAAAGCUAUGUCCCUACAGGUAUCUUCACUGCAACGGUCAAAGGAAUGUACUUCUUCCGUUUCUCAAUGAUGAACAACCUGAAUGACACUCCUAAUUCUGUGGUGUGCUUGACCAAGAAUGGGCAGAGGCUGGUGUCUGUCUGGGACACUGCAGGAUCUGAUGCCAAUGACAUUGGCAGCAACGCGGUGGUCAUUCCUCUGGAGGUGGGAGAUAAUGUCUAUGUUGAGUUGCAGGCUAACAGGCUGGUCUAUGAUGACGAGAUGAACUACAACACCUUCAGUGGCUUCUUGCUCUUCACCAUGUAAACAUGGAACACAUUUCAACAGCUAAAUGGUUAAAAUUACUUUAUUUUCGUUAGUAGACAUACAAUAGUAAUCUCUGCUUCAUAGAACACUGUGGGGUUAAAAUGCAGUGCAAUAAUGUAUAAGAAUAUGCUGUCAUCAGGUGGACAUGUAACUGUAUAAAUAUAUACAAAAUCUAUUGAUUCUAGACGUAACUAAACAUAUUUGUACAGUAAUGCUUCACUGAAGUGAAAAAAUUUAAUAACUUUUACUAUAUGUACAUGAACUUACAUCUGUCAAUAAACUUUUAACCAUUCAUGAAAAAACAUGAAUUUACUAUUAAGAUACUUACUCUUAGUAUGUGCACAGUAGUCCUACUCCUAAGUGCCAUAACUCAUGUCUGAAUUCCCCCUAACUGAACUGGGUAUUAUAUUGAUCAUGGUGAGGUACAUUUGAAAGGAAGAUACAUGCAUUUCAAAAUGGAUUUUCCAAGAUACUGACAAAGUAAACUCAAUUUAUGAAGACCCUGUCAAUCACAUUUAAUGUGUAUGUAAAUAAGUGAAAAAUAAAAAGUGAUUGUCACGUCAAAUAAUGUCCUGUAAUCAUAUGAGUGUCAAUUGACAGGGUAUUUAUUUCAAUCAUACGUUUGACAUAAAAGUUAGUUGUGGACAGGGGUUUCAGAUCUGAAAUAAGUGUUUCCCAUGUACAAUCAUGAAAGAACAGUAAUGUAGGGAGAGACAGAGGGCAGAGGUCAUGGAGGCACAUAAAGCAUAGAGAUCUGCAUGGUUUAUGAUUAUGUUAUAAGCUAAAUACUAAACACGUUUACAUUUCUUAAGUGACCUUUAAAUGCCUUGCUGACUUUAAGCUUCUCUUUUCUCUAUUUUUUUAAAAGCAGGUCCAUUUAUUUGUCUUUUUGCGCAAGUCUGUAUUUUCCCUAUCUGUUAACCACCCAAAAAGUUUCCAGCAUCUUGUGCAAUAUUUGACAAGUGCACCAUUUAAAGCGAAAGACUGGUCUGAGAAACAAUACAGAAUGAUGCUGCAGGAAAGCACAUUUAUUUGCACUACAGAAACUUUAAUUUAUUUACUUGAAUGUAUAUACUAUUUUUAUUUGGGAUGGAAGUGGAUGUUUGUUGUCAAAUGUUCAUGUUUGAAAGGGACCUUCUUAUUUAAGUUACAGAAGAUGAACUGACUCCUUUGCGGUGUUCCAAAACAUCUGAGAGGUCAGCUUUUUCCUCACCGACACGAAUAUGAUGUUUUUGGUGUGUGAAUGGAAAAUUAAAAAGCUCAUAUUUUGCUAAACUCUUUGUGCCUCAUGCAUUUAUUUUGUAUGUGUUGUCAACUGCGUGUCUUCUGUUCAUUGUUGAUUACUGUAAUUGUCAAGACGGCGCUAGGUGAAAGUUGGUAGGAUCACAGAUGUGUAGAAAGUAUUGUUUCAAUAGCAAAGGGAACAACUCUGCUCCAGUUAGAGAAAGUUGUCCGGUAGGAGACCUGUUCUCUUACUGUCUACCAAUGUUCUGUUGAGUCAGGACAGUUCCAGGAAGGCACAUGACUUGAGAAUUAGUUACGUAAGAGCCAGGAAGGAGCAAAAGACCUGAACACAGGGUGAACUCCUCCCUCCCACUUCCUCACUGUUAAACCACAGCCAAUCCAGACUUAUGAACAUUUUCAGAAAAAGCUUUCUGUUGUGUAUCAAAUUGUGAGAAUGUGGAUACUGGCUUGCCUUGGCAGUUGGGGUAGUUUUCAGUUGAGAAAGUGCUCCGGGGGGUAACUAAAGACCAUAAUCUUAGUUUGCAUUUUGUAUUUUUGAGUCCUUGAAAAGUAAUGCAACUUAAUAUCAGUGAGUCUACUGCUUGUGAUUUAGGAAUGCCACGGGACAGGCCCCCUAUAGUGCUAGGUCUGCCUUUCACGUCAGCUGGCAGAGACAUGGAGAGAGUGGCUGGUAGUGAGCCAGACCAGUGCCUCAGUCACACUCCGAUGCUGCUAGCUCAGCUGUUCUGUAGUCAGCUACAACAGAUUUAUCACAAGCAUCACACCCUCCCUACCCCAGUGUUUUUAUAUAAUUAGCAAGGUAUUAAUUUAACACACCCGAAUGGUGGGGUACUCCUCAACGUAAAAGACCACAGACGAAAGAUGAGACAUGGCCCAGCUGCAUAUUUUAAUAAGCUGUGAAGUUGCAUAUGAGGCAAGGAAGGUCAUAGUGCAUGUCGUCUGCACAACCCAACAGGUUUAAACUGACUUGCCACUUUUUAGGCUAUUUGCCAAGAUAUUAAUGACAGUCAUUUAAUUUAAACCCUGCAGCAUAUUGCAAUGUUAAAACACUUUUGGCAUAAUUUGAUGGAUUGAUUUAGUUAAACCAUCUGACCUAGUCUACCUCGGGUUGAAAGAACAUCUUUAUGACCAUCAAAACAUACAACAUCUAAUGAAAAGUUAUUUCAAUCAAUCAUUACACAAUGGCCCAAUAAAUACUAACUACAACUAUCAAAAUACCCUAACAUGGUUAACCCUCUUUUAUACGUCUUUGCUAUUUGUUGAUACUAUAAUUAUAGUAUGCACAAUAAAAGGCAAGUAAAUUAUAUUAUCACAGCAUGGGCUGUAUUCUUUGGUCCUAAAAUGAUUUUACCAAAGAUAUCCAAUGCAGGAAGAAUGACACUCAAGAGCAUGAAUAUCCAGAAACAAAAGGCUUUGUUUGACCUUUUUCCAUUUUAACUGAGAGCUGAACUAUCUUCCUCUAUGAGACCCUCUACCUUUCCUUUGCCCUUGCCCUUGCAAGGGCAAAGGAAGUGUGUUCAGCACUUCUCAGACAAAUAGUUCCUACUUCCUGAUGGCAUAUUUAUAAAGAGGAAGACUGGGCUGAGAAACAAUACAGAACCAUACUUCAGGAAAGGUUUCAGAAGAACAUGAGUUUGAGAAUGAAGGGUAUUGCACUCUUUUUGCUGGCACUAUGCUGCUGUCUGUCUGGGACACAGGGUCAGGGAGACCACGAGGACCAGAAAGCAUGCUGCCCAUCUGACACUGGUUCUCUGAUGAAAGAACUGAUAUCUAUAGGAGAGAAACUAGGAGCCAUGGGGGAGAAACUGGGAACUAUGGGGGAUAACCUGAGACUCAUGGAGACCCGGUUACAAACCAGUGAGAAUGAAGUGGAGGAGCUGAAGAGACUAACUGGAGGUAAUAUAGCCCUUUUCACAUUUGUCACCAACCUCCUAUCCACCCAUUGCUUCUCUGUCUAUUAUAGGGAUUAUCCUAUAUUUAACUUUGUAACAGCUUCUGAUCUUUGAAUACAUUAUUACAACUGAUAUGAUAUACAGUUCAAUAUAGAUCAUCUUAUCCAUCCUGUAUCUCUCUCAGGCCGGCCUCAGGUGGCCUUCUCCGCAACUCUCCGGGAGACAGGCAAUGCCGCUGGGAACACUGGACCUUUCACCACUCCCAUUCCCCUGCAGUACAAGAAGGUCUUCUCAAACACUGGCAGCUCCUACAACCCUGCCACAGGUACUAGAUAUUCUGUAUGUGUGUUGCAUCAUGUUGUGUGGUGUUGUGAAACUAAAAGCUAUGUCCCUACAGGUAUCUUCACUGCAACAGUCAAAGGAAUGUACUACUUCCGUUUCUCAAUGAUGAACAACCUGAAUGCCACUCCUAAUUCUGUGGUGUGCUUGACCAAGAAAAAACAUGAAUUUACUAUUAAGAUACUUACUCUUAGUAUGUGCACAGUAGUCCUACUCCUAAGUGCCAUAACUCAUGUCUGAAUUCCCCCUAACUGAACUGGGUAUUAUAUUGAUCAUGGUGAGGUACAUUUUAAAGGAAGAUACAUGCAUUUCUAAAUGGAUUUUCCAAGAUACUGACAAAGUAAACUCAAUUUAUGAAGACCCUGUCAAUCACAUUUAUGUGUAUGUAAAUAAGUGAAAAAUAAAAAGUGAUUGUCACGUCAAAUAAUGUCCUGUAAUCAUAUGAGUUUCAAUUGACAGGGUAUUUAUUUCAAUCAUACGUUUGACAUAAAAGUUAGUUGUGGACAGGGGUUUCAGAUCUGAAAUAAGUGUUUCCCAUGUACAAUCAUGAAAGAACAGUAAUGUAGGGAGAGACAGAGGGCAGAGGUCAUGGAGGCACAUAAAGCAUAGAGAUCUGCAUGGUUUAUGAUUAUGUUAUAAGCUAAAUGCUAAACACGUUUACAUUUCUUAAGUGACCUUUAAAUGCCUUGCUGUCUUUAAGCUUCUCUUUUCUCUAUUUUUUUCAAAGCAGGUCCAUUUAUUUGUCUUUUUGCGCAAGUCUGUAUUUUCCCUAUCUGUUAACCACACAAAAGUUUCCAGCAUCUUGUGCAAUAUUUGACAAGUGCACCAUUUAAAGGGAAAGACUGGUCUGAGAAACAAUACAGAAUGAUGCUGCAGGAAAGGCUUCAGAAGGCUUUGAGAAUGAAGGGUAUUGCACUCUUUUUGCUGGCACUAUGCUGCUGUCUGUCUGGGACACAGGGUCAGGGAGACCACGAGGACCAGAAAGCAUGCUGCCCAUCUAACACUGGUUCUCUGAUGAAAGAACUGAUAUCUAUAGGAAAGAAACUAGGAGCCAUGGGGGAUGACCUGAGACUCAUGAAGACCCGGUUACAAACCAGUGAGAAUGAAGUGGAGGAGCUGAAGAGACUAACUGGAGGUAAUAUAGCCCUUUUCACAUUUGUCACCAACCUCCUAUCCACCCAUUGCUCCUCUGUCUAUUAUAGGGAUUAGACUAUAUUUAACUUUCUAACAGCCUCUGAUCUUUGAAUACAUUAUUACAACUGAUAUGAUAUACAGUUCAAUAUAGAUAAUCUUAUCCAUCCUGUAUCUCUCUCAGGCCGGCCUCAGGUGGCCUUCUCCGCAACUCUCCGGGAGACAGGCAAUGCCGCUGGGAACACUGGACCUUUCACCACUCCCAUUCCCCUGCAGUACAAGAAGGUCUUCUCAAACACUGGCAGCUCCUACAACCCUGCCACAGGUACUAGAUAUUCUGUGUGUGUGUUGCAUCAUGUUGUGUCGUGUUGUGUUUUGAAACUAAAAGCUAUGUCCCUACAGGUAUCUUCACUGCAACGGUCAAAGGAAUGUACUACUUCCGUUUCACGAUGAUGAACAACCUGAAUGACACUCCUAAAUCUGUGGUGAGCUUGACCAAGAAUGGCCAGAGGCUGGUGUCUGUCGGGGACACGGUAGGAACCGAUGCCCAUGACAGUGGCAGCAACGCAGUGGUCAUUCCUCUGGAGGUGGGAGAUAAUGUCUAUGUUGAGUUACUUGCUAACAUGCUGAUCUAUGAUGACGGGAUGAACUACAACACCUUCAGUGGCUUCUUGCUCUUCACCAUGUAAACAUGGAACACAUUUCAACAGCUAAAUGGUUGAAAUUACUUAAUUUUUUUACAAGGGCUGGAUUCAAUCCGUAUCGCGUUGACAUUUAAAGACAAUGUUCCCGCGUCGGCGGCGACUGCAUUUACAGCAAACGCUGCAUAUCACGUGUCAAUUGGAAAUUACCUUUAAAAUUUCAAGCACGCUACAGCGCAGAUUUUCGCCGAUAUGGAUUGAAUCCAGUCCUUAAGUUUGACAUAAAAUAGUAAUCUGUAGCACACAGUGAGGUUAUAAUGCAGUAGAAUGAUGUGCUUCCUAUCUUUUAUUGUCACACUUUCCACAAGGCUGCUGUUCCACUACAAGCCAUUCUCUUUCACAAAAUAAAAUGUGUCAUCUGGUGGACAUAAGUAACUGUAAAAAUAAAAAGCCAUUGGCCUUAGAGGCAAUUAUACAUUUUUUGUACAGUAAUGGUUCACUGAGAAAAAUAAAAAAAUAAUUCCAAAUUCAUAGCGGUUACAAUACAUGCACAUUAAACUUACAUCUGUCAAAUGUUUACCAACCAUACUUGGUGCAAAAAGAUUCCUUUAUUAUUAAGACACUUACUUUAUUCACAGUAGUCUUAAUUCACAGGGUUAUUAUUUUCUAAACCGUACAUAUGUCCAAAAUAACUAGUAGGACUUAGAGGUUUUCCGAUCUGAAAUCAGAGAGUUAUUUCACAAGAGCCGUAAUGUACAGAGUUUAGUGGUUCAAGCGCUAUACAACAUUUUCUGCAAUGUUUGAAAGACAUUUCACAAACAUGGGUGUCUGAAUUUCUGCACAUCUGCUUGUUUGUGUUUCGAUAUGUAUUCACAGUUCUGACCAAACCUAUUCCUUUACUAUGAGUUUGGCUGAACACAGUGCCUCCCCCUGGUCGUUGGUGGCCCUACAGGUGUAAAUAUCAGAGUCCUCUGGUCCAACUUGGGCCAGGACCAGGGUGCAGAACCCAUCCUCUUCAUACUCUAUCUGCACCCGGGAUGACUCCUCCAGAGGCUCCUCACCCCUCAACCACACCACCUCUGGGUCAGGGUACCCUGAAAGGAGAGGUCAGAGGGGUGAGAGAAGGGAUCAGAGGGGGAGAGAGAGAGGAAACAUCCAAUGACAAGAGCUCAGGAAAUGGAAUGUAACAGUUACACACUAACUACUUAAAGUGUUUUACACAGCACGAUGCAGCUGUGCGUCCUUGAGAAAGGGAGUUAGUUAGGCAUGAUUGCUCUUAAUCAAUGUCCAACUUUAAAACAAAGCAUUUAAAAUCUUUACAAGCACCAGCUGAAACUUAGUGAAAAUGUGUAAUUCGGUCAACCAAACAUGUGGAAGCCAUUUGUAGUGUAAAUCAGUGCACAGGUAGGUACCUGUGAGGUGACAGGAGAGGCGGGCGGUGGAGCCCUGGGAGGCUGUCUGGUCCGUUAGGGUCAGGGAGAACUGGGGCACCCCCUGGAGUUUGACCUCUAGAGACCGCAGGGCCUGCUCUGCCUCGGGACUCAGGAGACUGUCUGUCAGGGGUCAGACACAGGGUCAAGGCUCACAGCAGAGUCAUAGACUGGUCAGCCAGACUGAGCACAAGUGAACCAAUGGUAUGCGUAGCUCCCAUCUGGUUGACCGGGCUAACAGGGUCAUACAUCACGAGGAAUGGUAGGGUUACGAGCCUAAAAUAAGAGGAGUAAAACUGACAUGGUUUGGAUUGAGUAUGGCAGGCUUUGGAAGUAUGGCGGGAGGUCUCACCUUCUGUAGGGGGGGUGGGAGAGCCAGGCCCAUCGGCUUUAGACAACAGAGCCAUCCUCUUCAGCGCCAGCAGGGCCUUCCCUGUUUUCUACAGGAGAUACACAGAGAGGCUUCAGUAAAUGGGUUUCACACACCUACUGGGGUAUGAUUAAAUAAUGAAAGAACUGAAAUGUACUAAAAUACAAAGUAUAAUCUUGGUGGGGAACCCACUACCUACCUUCCACUUCUGCUUGGCGAGGUACCUCUUCAUCUUCUCCUUGGAGAGACACUUGGUGGUCCUGGGGUCUGCUGAGAUGGGCUCAGCUAUCCAGGAGUGGACCAGAGCCUCCUCACAGGAUAUCCUGCGCCUGGGUGGGGACAGACAGAGAGGGUUAGAGGACAGACCGGGAGGGUUAGAGGGGAGACAGGGAGGGUUAGAGGGGAGACAGGGAGGUUGAGAGGCAAAACAGGGAGGGUUAGAGGGGAGACAGGGAGGUUGAGAGGCAAAACAGGGAGGGUUAGAGGGGAGACAGGGAGGUUGAGAGGCAAAACAGGGAGGGUUAGAGGGGAGACAUCGAGGGCAGGUCCUUGAGGGAUAGGCUCAUCCAUAGUCACUCAGAGACUAUAUAUUGGUACAGGUAUAUGGUGUUGUCCCAGACCUUGGUUCCUUGUUGAGCAGGGAGCUGAUGAAGUCUUUGGCCUGGUCAGUGAUCUCUUCGAAACUCUCUUCGUCAAACUCCCACUGAGCACCAGUUACCAAGGCCAGGGUCUCUGCCUCACUAUUACCCUGGAAGGGAGACUCGCCACUCAGUCUGAACACACACACGUACACGUACACACACGUACACACACGCGCGUUUGAACUUGAUAUAUGAGCAAUAGCAAUAUAUGGCCACUAGGUGGCAGAAAAGCUCCAGUUUGUCAAGCCCUGUUAUAGGCAGAGAAGAAGAAGGUCUAAUCGAGAAUGAAUGAAACAGAAUAGUGCCUUAGUACUCACAAUAUGUAGCAGAUGACUCCAAUGCUCCACAUGUCUGUAGCUAAGCUAACAGUCUCAUAGCCGAUCACCUCUGGAGCCACAAACUCUGGUGUCCCGUGCAUCACCUUCAGGGGAGUGGAGGGGUCUGGAGGACAGACAACACCUCGGGAUAAUGAGGUUGCAUCCCAAAUGGCACCCUAUUCCCUACAUAGUGCACAAAUUUUGAACAGGCCCUUUCUAACAGAGCCCUAUGAGCCCUUAUCAAAAGUUAUUCACUAUAUAGGUAAUAGGGUACCAUUUGAGACACAGCCCAUACAUACAGUGGUAUGAAAAAGUAUUUGCCCCCUUUCUAAUUUUCUCUACUUUUGCAUAUUUGUGAUACUGAAUGUUAUCAGAUCUUCAACCAAAACCUAAUAUUAGAUAAAGGGAACAUAAGUGAACAAAUAACACAACAAUUACAUAUUUAUUUCAUAAACAAAGUUAUGCAACACCCAAUUCCCCUGUGUGAAAAAGUAAUUGCCCCCUUACACUCAAUAACUGGUUGUGCCACCUUUAGCUGCAAUGACUCCAACCAAAUGCUUCCUGUAGUUGUUGAUCAGUCUCUCACGUCGCUGUGGAGGAAUUUUGGCCCACUCUUCCAUGCAGAACUGCUUUAACUCAGUGACGUGUGGGUUUUCAAGCAUGAACUGCUCGUUUCAAGUCCUGCCACAACAUCUCAAUUGGGAUUAGGUCUGGACUUUGACUAGGCCAUUCCAAAACUUCCAAUUUGUUGCUUUUUAGCAAUUUUCAUGUAGACUUGAUUGUGUGUUUUGGAUCAUUGUCUUGCUGCAUGACCCAGCUGCGCUUCAGCUUCAGCUCACAGACGGAUGGUCUGACAUUCUCCUGUAGAAUUCUCUGAUACAGAGCAGAAUUCAUGGUUCCUUCUAUUAAGGCAAGUCGUCCAGGUCCUGAGGCAGCAAAGCAUCCCCAAACCAUCACACCACCACCACCAUGCUUGACCUUUGGUAUGAUGUUCUUACUGUGGAAUGCAGUGUUUGGUUUUCGCCAGGCAUUACUGGAACCAUGUCGUACAAAAAGUUAUACUUUUGAAUCAUCUGUCCAUAGAACGUUCUUCCAAGAGUCUUGAUGAUCAUCCAGGUGCUUUUUGGCAAACUUGAGUCAACUUUUUGGACGAGAUGGGUCCCAUUAUGCCUGGCGAAAACCAAACACUGCAUUCCACAGUAAGAACAUCAUACCAAAGGUCAAACAUGGUGGUGGUGGUGUGAUGGUUUGGGGAUGCUUUGCUGCCUCAGGACCUGGACGACUUGCCUUAAUAGAAGGAACCAUGAAUUCUGCUCUAUAUCAGAGAAUUCUACAGGAGAAUGUCAGACCAUCCGUCUGUGAGCUGAAGCUGAAGCGCAGCUGGGUCAUGCAGCAAGACAAUGAUCCAAAACACACAAUCAAGUCUACAUGAAAAUUGCUAAAAAGCAACAAAUUGGAAGUUUUGGAAUGGCCUAGUCAAAGUCCAGACCUAAUCCCAAUUGAGAUGUUGUGGCAGGACUUGAAACGAGCAGUUCAUGCUUGAAAACCCACACGUCACUGAGUUAAAGCAGUUCUGCAUGGAAGAGUGGGCCAAAAUUCCUCCACAGCGACGUGAGAGACUGAUCAACAACUACAGGAAGCAUUUGGUUGGAGUCAUUGCAGCUAAAGGUGGCACAACCAGUUAUUGAGUGUAAGGGGGCAAUUACUUUUUCACACAGGGGAAUUGGGUGUUGCAUAACUUUGUUUAUGAAAUAAAUAUGUAAUUGUUGUGUUAUUUGUUCACUUAUGUUCCCUUUAUCUAAUAUUAGGUUUUGGUUGAAGAUCUGAUAACAUUCAGUAUCACAAAUAUGCAAAAGUUGAGAAAAUUAGAAAGGGGGAAAAUACUUUUUCAUAGCACUGUAUAUCAGUGAACAGAGAGGCAGAAAUUUGAGCUCAAAAUCUUUUCAGGGACAUCAUUCAUUUUCCAGGUGUUGCAAUGCAAACCAACAAUGCUUCCAAAACAUGCAGCACCAUUCAACACCCUUGGCUCUGUCCCUCAGCCAGCCCCACACUCACCCAGCUUGCUGGCCAGGCCAAAGUCAAUGAUCUUGAUGCGCGUGCCAGUGUGGUCAACACACACUAUGUUUUCAGGCUUCAGGUCCAGGUGGACUAUGUGCUGCUGGUGCAUGUAGCCAAUCCCCUCUACGAUCUGUUGCAUGUAGCGUACACUGGCCGGCUCUGUGUGCACAAAGCUGUCGUCCACUAUACGCUCAAACAGCUCACCUCCAGCAAUGCUGCACACAUACACAAACAAUCACAGGAUCAAUAAGGUUGUAAUUUAAAUUUGAUUCAAUUCAAUUCAAAUUAACUCAAUUCACAUUAGUGACACCGGACCUCAUGCAUUUACUUCUACAGGGCUCUAUGGCUUCCACUGCCAUGUAUUGUGGUCAAUGUUUGUUGUCUAGAUACUGUACUUACAACUCCAUGACCAUGACCAUCUCUGGCUUGAGAUCAUAGGCCCCCAGACACUGGACCAGUUUGGGGUGGUGCAGGUAGUUCAUCAGCUUUAUCUCUUUACGGGCCGCCUCCCUCUCCUUGGCACGCCGGCCCUUAUAGAACUUCCCGGCACACACACGGCCCGUCUCCUUGUGGGUCAGUUUGAACACCUGGCCAAACUUCCCCCUGUGGAGUGUCACAGCAGAUACACGUCGUUAACUAGAAAAUUACAUUUCCUGAAUAAAAUGUGGUUUGCUUGCUCCUCUUUAGGUGUUUUUCAUGGUAAUGAAAGCAGUUGUAGUGAAGGCUGUAGUAAUAAUGGUAGAAAUAGGGUUUUCAUAGAAUACGGGUUAGUGAUAGUGACCUAUUUUGGAAUGGUUGUAGGUGUGGAGUUAUUAUAAUGGGUUAUAGUAGGCUGGUAUAUUAGGCUAGAGUGAGUACUAUAUCAUCAUAAGCCAUAUAAUGUGUUUUUAAGCUCUCAAAAUGUUUUGUCUGAAAGUUUCGGCAGUGAUUUCAGUUUUGAAUGUUGAAGCCUGCAUUCCGACAUUGAAAUGAAUGGGGAUACAACCAGCUUUAUAGUUUAUGAAGUAGGAAUGAUAGCAAAAAGCUGUGUUGAAGGCAUCUAAAUUGAGUCAGUCUGCACAUGUCAACGUUGGGGUGGUGUUUCUAGCUGUGGUCAGUAGUUGGGUGGUUGUGGUAAAUAGCUGUGGUCAGUAGUUGUGGUCAGUAGUUGUAUGGUUCAGUAGUUGCGGUCAGUAUACAAGCAACCUAUUCCAGACCGGUCUGCACGUUUGAAAGUUUGAAUGACGUUUCUAGCUGAAAACGGUGGAGGACUAGUAGUCAUUUUUCCCAUUCAAAUCUAUUGCCCCUGAAAUGCAUUGGGAUUUAUGCAAUAGUGGUAGUAUGCAAAGUAUAAGUAGUAUAUAUAUAUAUAUAUACUUUUUUUAUUCUCAAGCAACAGUACCAGUGCCAGUCUGCACAUUUUAAAGUUAUUUUGGUAUUGGUAGCGUUAACGGUUCAAGAGCAGUGGCGUAGCCAAAUACUUCCCAUUCAAGCCUAUGGCGCUGAAAAGUGGUAUAAAAAAGGUUUUCCAAGCACACCGCGGAGGGUCAGCCUACACGUUUUAAAGUUGUUUAUCUAGUUUUAGAUGUUCAAGAGUAGCCUGGAGUGUUUUUUUUAACCCAUAAUAAUCCUUUCCCCAAAACAUUUAUAAAUACUCAAACCUCCCGUGGGCCGGAUUGAAUGGGCUCGUAGGCCGGAUCUGUAUUUUGCCCACACCUGCUAUAGACAUACAGUACCAGUAGAAAGUUUGGACACACCUACUCACUCCAGGGUUUUUCUUUAUUUUUACUAUUUUCUACAUUGUAGAAUAAUAGUGAAGACAUCAAAACUAUGAUAUAAUAUAUCAAGUAGUAACCAAAAACAAAUCAAAAUAUAUUUUAUAUUUGAGAUUCUUCAAAGUAGCCACCCUUUGCCUUGAUGACAGCUUUGCACACUCUUGGCAUUCUAUCAACCAGCUUCAUGAGGUAGUCACCUGGAAUGCAUUUCAAUUAACAGGUGCGCCUUAUUAAAAGUUAAUUUGUGGAAUUUCUUUCCUUCUUAAUGCGUUUGAGCCAAUCAGUUGUGUUGUGACAAGGUAGGGGUGGGAUACAGAAGAUAGCCCUAUUUGGUAAAAGACCAAGUCCAUAUUAUGGCAAGAACAGCUCAAAUAAGCAACGAGAAAUGACAGUCCAUCAUUACUUUAAGACAUGAAGGUCAGUCAAUAUGGAAAAUGUGAAGAACUUUGAAGGUUUCUUCAAGUGCAGUCGCAAAAACCAUCAAGCGCUAUGAUGAAACUGGCUCUCAUGAGGAUCGCCAUAAGAAAGGAAGACCCAGAGUUAUCUCUGCUGCAGAGGAUAAGUUCAUUAGAGUUAACUGCACCUCAGAUUGCAGCCCAAAUAAAUGCUUCACAGAGUUCAAGUAACAGACACAUCUCAACAUCAACUGUUCAGAGGUGACUGCGUGAAUCAGGCCUUCAUGGUCGAAUUGCUGCAAAGAAACCACUACCAAAGGACACCAAUAAGAAGAAGAGACUUGCUUGGGCCAAGAAACACAAGCAAUGGACAUUAGACCAGUGGAAAUCUGUCCUUUGGUCUGAUGAGUCCAAAUUUGAGAUUUCUGGUUCCAACCGCGUAGGUGAACGGAUGAUCUCUGCAUGUGUGGUUCCCACCGUGAAGCAUGGAGGAGGAGGUAUGAUGGUGUGGGUUGCUUUGCUGGUGACACUGUCAGCGAUUUAUUUAGAAUUCAAGGCACACUUAACCAGCAUGGCUACCACAGCAUUCUGCAGCGAUACGCCAUCACAUCUGGUUUGCGCUUAGUGGGACUAUCAUUAGUUUUUCAACAGGGCAAUGACCCAAAACAAACCUCCAGGCUGUGCAAGGGCUAUUUGACCAAGGAGAGUGAUGGAGUGCUGCAUCAGAUGACCUGGCCUCCACAAUGACCCGACCUCAACCCAAUUGAGAUGGUUUGGGAUGAGUUGGACCACAGAGUGAAGGAAAAGCAGGCAACAAGUGCUCCGCAUAUGUGGGAACUCCUCCAAGACUGUUGGAAAAGCAUUCCUCAUGAAGCUGGUUGAGAGAAUGCCAAGAGUGUGCAAAGCUGUCAUCAAGGCAAAGGGUGGCUACUUUGAAGAAUCUCAAAUAUAUUUUGAUUUGUUUAACACUUUUUUGGUUACUACAUGAUUUCAUAUGUGUUAAUUCAUAGUUUUGAUGUCUUCACUAUUAUUCUACAAUGUAGAAAAUAGUACAAAUAAAGAAAAACCCUUGAAUGAGUAGGUGUGUCCAAACCUUUGACUGGUACUGUACAUGUGAACCCCAUGGACCAUAAUGCAAUUGUAAUCGGUGCCAAACCGUCUGUAAAGCCCAUGUAUAAUCAUGGCUCCAGACCAACUUCCUCCAUCUGGAGAUCUGAGCUAACUGGAGAUCUGACCUAGAUCUGCCCAGGAAUGUAGAGGAAGGGUGGCUUUCUCUGAGUUUUCCCUGACCAUGUAAAAAACUCAGGGGUUUUCCUGGUCAGGUCAUUGUCAGGAAAAACUCAGGGUCUCAACUACAGAACUAGAAUGAAGCGAUAUUCUCCCCUCCUCUCUCUGUUGACUGAACACUGAAUCAACAAGUGUUUUUGUCAAGGCCUGAUCAGCCAUGCCUUUGACAUUUCAGAGAGGAGGGAACUUUUUUUUUCACUUGAAAAACCUUGUGAACAAGAGUUGGCAUUGAACAAGAUAGUGAGUGUUCCUUACAUGUAGAUGAACAUACAUUUUUGUUCAUGUCAAUGAACCUUCAUGAGGAUAAGAGAGAUUAUCGCUAACCUGCCGAUCUGGGGGCAGUGAGUUUAACUCAUUUUGUUAGCUACACUGCAUCACACACAGGCAUGUGUGUGUGUUGUUGUGAACAUUAAAGUAUUCAAUGUGUGUUUUGUGUAAUGUUUCAUGGGAGAUACUCACACUCCCAGUUUCUCCAGUACAUUGUAGUGAUCAGUGACCUUGUGGGUGGAGUCGAUGGUGACGUCCUCAUAUGUCCGAGGAGACUCCUCCUCUUGUGGCUCAGCUACAGAUCACACACAGGGACAGACAUACAGUAUGAGCUGUCAGUCAUCAGAUAGGCAGCAUCAAACAAUGCACCUAUUGAUACAAAUCUAUAGGAAACAGACUGAAAAAUCCUGUCAAUGUGUUCCUGUCUGCAGCUGAAGGCAUGAAGUCCAUGUGAUAAACAAGCUAGAUUAACAUUUUAGUCAUUUAGCAGACACUCUUAUCCAGAGCGACUUACAGUAGUGAGUGCAAACAUUUUUCGUUUGACAUAAAAGUUAGUUGUGGACAGGGGUUUCAGAUCUGAAAUAAGUGUUUCCCAUGUACAAUCAUGAAAGAACAGUAAUGUAGGGAGAGACAGAGGGCAGAGGUCAUGGAGGCACAUAAAGCAUAGAGAUCUGCAUGGUUUAUGAUUAUGUUAUAAGCUAAAUGCUAAACACGUUUACAUUUCUUAAGUGACCUUUAAAUGCCUUGCUGUCUUUAAGCUUCUCUUUUGUCUAUUUUUUUCAAAGCAGGUCCAUUUAUUUGUCUUUUUGCGCAAGUCUGUAUUUUCCCUAUCUGUUAACCACCCAAAAAGUUUCCAGCAUCUUGUGCAAUAUUUGACAAGUGCACCAUUUAAAGGGAAAGACUGGUCUGAGAAACAAUACAGAAUGAUGCUGCAGGAAAGGCUUCAGAAGGCUUUGAGAAUGAAGGGUAUUGCAGUCUUUUUGCUGGCACUAUGCUGCUGUCUGUCUGGGACACAGGGUCUGGGAGACCACGAGGACCAGAAAGCAUGCUGCCCAUCUGACACUGGUUCUCUGAUGAAAGAACUGAUAUCUAUAGGAGAGAAACUAGGAGCCAUGGGGGAGAAACUGGGAACUAUGGGGGAUAACCUGAGACUCAUGGAGACCCGGUUACAAACCAGUGAGAAUGAAGUGGAGGAGCUGAAGAGACUAACUGGAGGUAAUAUAGCCCUUUUCACAUUUGUCACCAACCUCCUAUCCACCCAUUGCUUCUCUGUCUAUUAUAGGGAUUAUCCUAUAUUUAACUUUCUAACAGCUUCUGAUCUUUGAAUACAUUAUUACAACUGAUAUGAUAUACAGUUCAAUAUAGAUCAUCUUAUCCAUCCUGUAUCUCUCUCAGGCCGGCCUCAGGUGGCCUUCUCCGCAACUCUCCGGGAGACAGGCAAUGCUGCUGGGAACACUGGACCUUUCACCACUCCCAUUCCACUGCAGUACAAGAAGGUCUUCUCAAACACUGGCAGCUCCUACAACCCUGCCACAGGUACUAGAUAUUCUGUGUGUGUGUUGCAUCAUGUUGUGUGGUGUUGUGUUUUGAAACUAAAAGCUAUGUCCCUACAGGUAUCUUCACUGCAACGGUCAAAGGAAUGUACUACUUCCGUUUCACGAUGAUGAACAACCUGAAUGACACUCCUAAUUCUGUGGUGUGCUUGACCAAGAAUGGCCAGAGGCUGGUGUCUGUCUGGGACACGGUAGGAACCGAUGCCCAUGACAGUGGCAGCAACGCAGUGGUCAUUCCUCUGGAGGUGGGAGAUAAUGUCUAUGUUGAGUUGCAGGCUAACAUGCUGGUCCAUGAUGACAGGAUGAACUACAACACCUUCAGUGGCUUCUUGCUCUUCACCAUGUAA